CAGACCUUCCUGUGUUAGGUCUAGAAAACCUAUGAAGGGCUGUUCAUCACCAGGUUCCUCCUCCUUUGUUUUGGAUCUCUCCUGUUCAGACUCUGUCAGGCUGGUGAAUGGGAAUAGUCUGUGUUCAGGCAGACUGGAGGUGAAGUCUGACCAUUCUAACCAAUUAUGGUCCUCAGUGUGUGAAGAUGACUUUGACCAGCAGGAUGCAGAUGUGGUCUGUAGGGAGCUUGGCUGUGGGGCUCCUUCAGUCCUCCAGGGGGCGCUCUAUGGAGAAGUGGAGGCUGCAUUGUGGACCAAAGAAUUCCAGUGUGGAGGCCAUGAGUCUGCUCUCCUGGAUUGUAGACGCUCAGGAUCAACUCGAAGCACGUGCUCACCUGGAAAAGCUGUUGGACUCACCUGCUCAGAACCUGUCAGGUUGGUGGGAGGAAACAGUCGCUGUGCAGGAACACUGGAGCUGAAACAAGGAGGCUGGAGACCAAUGGGUCACUUUACAUUUUACUGGACCCUGAAGAAAGCAGCUGUUGUCUGCAGAGAUCUGGACUGUGGUUCUGUUGUUUCUGUAGGACAGAGUCAGGAGUCCUCCGACAGAUCUGUGUGGUUGUUGAGGACUACCUGUGUUCACUCAAGAUUUUCUCUGAGGGACUGUGUAACACCAGAUUUCUCUUCCUCCACUCUAAAUGUCACCUGUUCAGACUCUGUCAGGCUGGUGAAUGGGAAUAGUCUGUGUUCAGGCAGACUGGAGGUGAAGUCUGACCAUUCUAACCAAUUAUGGUCCUCAGUGUGUGAAGCUGACUUUGACCAGCAGGAUGCAGAUGUGGUCUGUAGGGAGCUUGGCUGUGGGGCUCCUUCAGUCCUCCAGGGGGCGCUCUAUGGAGAAGUGGAGGCUGCAUUGUGGACCAAAGUGUUCCAGUGUGGAGGCCAUGAGUCUGCUCUCCUGGAUUGUAGACGCUCAGGAUCGACUCGAAACACGUGCUCACCUGGAAAAGCUGUUGGACUCACCUGCUCAGAACCUGUCAGGUUGGUGGGAGGAAACAGUCGCUGUGCAGGAACACUGGAAGUGAAGCAAGGAGACUGGAGACUGGUGAUUUACUCUUCCUGGACCCUGAAGGAUGCAGCUGUUGUCUGCAGAGAUCUGAAAUGUGGCUCUGCUGUUUAUGUAGUACAGAGAAAGGAGUCCUCUGACAGAUUUGGAUGGUCGAUCAGCUCUGACUGUGUUCAGUCUGGAUCUGCUCUGAGGGAAUGUCUAGAAUUAGAGUUUGACUCCUCUAUGCUGGAUCUGACCUGCUCAGACUCUGUCAGGAUGGUGAAUGGGAAUAGUCUGUGUUCAGGCAGACUGGAGGUGAAGUCUGACCAUUCUAACCAAUUAUGGUCCUCGGUGUGUGAAGCUGACUUUGACCAGCAGGAUGCAGAUGUGGUCUGUAGGGAGCUUGGCUGUGGAGCUCCUUCAGUCCUCCAGGGGGCGCUCUAUGGAGAAGUGGAGGCUGCAUUGUGGACCAAAGAAUUCCAGUGUGGAGGCCAUGAGUCUGCUCUCCUGGACUGUAGACGCUCAGGAUCGACUCGAAACACGUGCUCACCUGGAAAAGCUGUUGGACUCACCUGCUCAGAACCUGUCAGGUUGGUGGGAGGAAACAGUCGCUGUGCAGGAAGAUUGGAAAUAAAACAUCUGGGAGACUGGAAACCAGUGCGUUACAUUAGAUAUGACUGGACACUGGAAAAAAUAGCUGUUGUCUGCAGAGAUCUGGGCUGUGGCCCUCUUUCUGUAAGACAGAGAAAGAAGUCCUUACACAGUGUGUCAAUGUGGACUAUCAACUCUGUCUGUAUUAAGUCUGAAUCUGCUCUGAAGGACUGUGUAACAUCAGGUUUCUCCAUCUUUAUCCUGUAUCUCACCUGUUCAGACCAGCUGGUUCAUCCCAACAUCUCUGUGUCCUCCUCAAUGGAUGGGGUCUCCAAGGUCCAGCAGCAAGGGUUUCAUGUGUUGUGGGGCUCCUCCUUCACCAUCAGCUGUUCCAUCCAGCCACAGUACCCAGGAGGCUCCUUCCAGCUCACCUUCACCUCCACCAACACAGCACACAACUACACCCAGCCAGCUGUUAAUCACUCUGCCCACUUCCUGUUUCCUGUUGCAGAGCCCACCCAUCAAGGAAGCUACAGCUGUGUUUAUCAUGUCUACAUUGUUUCUCGUAACUUCUCCUCUGAGAGCCAUCGACUUUGUCUCACUGGCUCAGGUAGGAAAACAUCAUCAGCUGACAUCAUGUCACUAUAUGUCCGUGCAUGUUUUCCUAAACAACAUUGUAAGUGAAUAAAUGUCAACAGC